UCGUGCCUCCCCCCCCUCACACACACAUUUCUGCAUAUCAAAGAAAAGGUCUAUGGGGAACUCACGUCGCUGCAGCGUCUCGGUGAAGGAGCGGUGCCGUCCACUUUACGCGUUGACAGCAUCUCUCCCUCUCCAUCCACCUCCCGUUGCCCCCUCUCACUCUCACCCUCCCGCCUCCUCCCAUCGCCCUCGUUCAUUGGUGCAGCCAGAGACAAAUUGGCGCCAUUUUGAAGCUUUCCGGGGGUAGGCGGCGGCGGCGGCGCUGAGGGCUGAGCUGAGGCGAGGCACUGGGCUCGGGAUCGGGAUCCGACACGGCGAUCGGACAGACUGUCUGUCUCUCAGCCCAUGGACACCGUGCCCAGGAUCGCUUACUAAAAGCUCUCUGGAUUCCGCUGGAAGCCAUGGGGCGAGAUGAUUAUGAUUGCAGUGUGUGUGUAAGCGAGAGAGAUUGAACAUUUCUGUGUGGUUGAUUGGUCUUUUUUACCCCCUAAAGGCUGCAAUGGUGUGAUUCUGGACUUGGCUCCCUUGAUCGUCACACAGGCUUCUGGAUUCCUAGUCUGAUAACAUAAUCACUCUGAUGCUGGACUGGGAGAAUUUCUUGGAUGCACAGAGAGGGCCAAUAAAGGAAAAAUUGCUAUGGACUUCCAAGUGGCAUUUGGUGAGGAGAGGUGAAUUUUUACCAUGGCUCACACGAAGUCCAAGGCCAAUGAUGGAAAAAUUAUAUACCCACCUGGGGUUAAGGAAAUCUCUGACAAAAUAUCGAAGGAGGAAAUGGUUCGAAGACUAAAGAUGGUUGUUAAAACCUUCAUGGACAUGGACCAAGAUUCGGAGGAUGAAAAGGAGUUGUACCUCAAUUUAGCACUACAUCUUGCUUCUGAUUUUUUUCUUAAACAUCCUGAUAAGGAUGUGCGGCUGCUGGUUGCCUGCUGCUUGGCUGAUAUCUUCAGAAUCUAUGCCCCUGAAGCACCUUACACAUCUCCAGAUAAACUUAAGGAUAUUUUUAUGUUCAUAACUAGACAACUAAAGGGAUUGGAAGAUACAAAAAGUGCACAAUUUAACAGAUACUUCUAUUUACUUGAGAACAUUGCUUGGGUAAAGUCAUAUAACAUCUGCUUUGAACUGGAGGAUAGCAAUGAUAUCUUCACUCAGUUGUACAGAACGCUUUUUCAAGUGAUAAAUAAUGGACAUAACCAAAAAGUCCACAUGCACAUGGUGGAUUUGAUGAGUUCCAUUGUGUGUGAAGGAGACGCUGUUUCUCAGGAACUUUUGGAUACUGUUCUUGUCAACCUCGUACCAGCUCACAAGAAUCUAAACAAGCAAGCAUAUGAUUUGGCAAAAGCUCUAUUGAAAAGGACUGCUCAAGCAGUUGAACCAUAUAUUACUAAUUUUUUUAACCAGGUUUUGAUGCUAGGCAAGACAUCCAUCAGUGACCUGUCUGAGCAUGUCUUUGACUUGAUCCUUGAACUCUACAAUAUUGAUAGUCAUCUGCUGCUUUCAGUUUUACCACAACUGGAGUUUAAACUUAAGAGCAAUGAUAAUGAAGAACGUUUAGCAGUUGUUAAGCUGCUGGCAAAAAUGUUUGGAGCAAAAGAUUCCGAACUAGCAUCCCAAAACAAACCGUUGUGGCAGUGUUACUUGGGAAGAUUCAAUGACAUCCAUGUUCCUAUCCGGCUUGAAUGUGUGAAGUUUGCAAGCCACUGUCUUAUGAACCAUCCGGAUUUAGCGAAAGACCUUACUGAGUUUCUCAAAGUCAGAUCGCAUGAUCCUGAAGAAGCGAUAAGGCACGAUGUCAUUGUAUCCAUUGUAACUGCUGCUAAAAAGGAUCUUUCACUUGUGAAUGACCACCUGCUAAAUUUUGUAAGAGAGAGGACGUUAGACAAGCGGUGGAGAGUAAGAAGAGAAGCUAUGAUGGGCCUGGCACAGAUCUAUAAAAAGUAUUGUUUACAAGCUGAGGCAGGAAAAGAGGCUUCCAAACAAAUUUCAUGGAUUAAGGACAAACUUCUGCAUAUAUACUAUCAAAACAGCAUUGAUGACAAGUUACUUGUUGAACGGAUAUUUGCACAGUAUAUGGUGCCUCACAAUUUGGAGACUUCAGAAAGAAUGAAGUGUUUAUACUAUCUUUACGCAACCCUGGACACCAAUGCUGUGAAGGCAUUAAACGAAAUGUGGAAGUGUCAAAAUAUGCUGAGACAUCAUGUACGUGACUUGCUUGAUUUGCACAAACAACAGAAAUCUGAUCCCACUGAUAAAGCCAUAUUCUCAAAAGUAAUGAUCAUUGCCAAAAACUUACCUGAUCCAGGAAAAGCCCAGGACUUCAUGAAGAAAUUUGAUCAAUUUUUAGAAGAAGAUGAACGAAUCAGGUCUCAACUGGAUGUGCUUGUUAGUCCAAACUGUUCCUGCAAGCUGGCAGAAGGAUGUGUGCGUGAAAUCACCCGAAAAUUAAGUAACCCCAAACAACCGACAAACCCAUUUUUGGAAAUGGUGAAGUUUCUCCUGGAGAGGAUAGCACCUGUGCAUAUAGACACCGAAUCCAUUAGCGCAUUAAUCAGACAAAUUAAUAAAUCUAUUGACGGUACAGCAGAUGAUGAAGAGGAGGGCGUGCAAACUGAUGAAGCAAUUCGAGCAGGCCUUGAAUUGCUUAAGGUGUUAUCAUUUACUCAUUCAAUCUCUUUUCACUCUGCGGAAACGUUUGAAUCCCUCCUCCAGUGUUUGAAAAUGGAUGACGAGAAGGUGGCAGAAGCAGGUUUACAGAUCUUCCGAAAUACUGGGCAGAAAAUUGAAGAUGACUUUCCUCACAUCAGAUCGGCUUUGCUACCAGUGUUGCAGCAAAAGGCCAAGAAAGGCACCGCUCGACAGGCCAAGCAUGCUAUUCAUUGCAUUCAUGCAAUAUUCUCCAGCAAAGAGACACAAUUUGCACAAAUAUUUGAGCCUUUACACAAGAGUUUGGAUCCGAGCAACCCAGAGCAGCUCAUUACACCUUUGAUUUCAAUUGGGCAUAUAGCUACGCUGGCUCCAGAACAGUUUUCUGCACCUUUGAAGUCCCUGGUGGCUGGUUUUGUUGUGAAAGAUUUGUUAAUGAGUGACCGGUUUCCAGGAAAGAAAACAACAAAGCUUUGGGUGCCCGAUGACGAAGUAGGUCCAGAGACACUGACGAAAAUACAGGCCAUGAAGAUGAUGGUACGGUGGUUGAUGGGAAUGAGGACCAACGCAAAUAAAUCAGGAACCUCUACCUUGAGAUUGCUAACUGCAAUAUUAAAUAGCGAUGGUGACCUGACAGAGCAGGGGAAAAUUAGCAAACCUGAUAUGUCACGUCUGCGGCUGGCAGCUGGUUGUGCUGUUUUGAAGCUAGCACAGGAGCCAUGUUACUAUGAAAUUAUCACCCUGGAACAGUUUCAGUUAUGUGCACUGGUAAUGAAUGAUGAAUGUUAUCAAGUGAGGCAGAUAUUUGCACAGAAGCUUAACAAAGGACUUGCCAAACUACGACUACCACUCGAGUAUAUGGCAAUUUUUUCACUGUGUGCAAAGGACCCAGCAAAAGAAAGAAGAGCACAUGCCAGGCAAUGCCUGGUGAAAAAUAUCAAUAUUAGGAGGGAAUAUCUCAAACAGCACGCAGCAGUGAGUGAAAAAUUGUUAUCAUUGCUGCCCGAGUACGUUGUUCCAUACAUUAUUCACCUUCUUGCACAUGAUCCAGAUUAUGUAAAGGUGCAGGAUAUUGAACAGCUGAAGGACAUUAAAGAGUGCUUAUGGUUUAUGCUUGAAAUCUUGAUGUCCAAAAAUGAAAACAGCAGUCAUGCUUUUAUUAGGAAAAUGGUGGAAAAUAUAAAACAGACGAGAGAUGUUCAGGGGCCAGAGGAUCCAAAGAUGAAUGAGAAAUUAUACACGGUUUGUGAUGUUGCGAUGAACAUCAUCAUCACUAAGAGUACUACUUACAGCUUGGAAUCUCCCAAGGACCCUGUUCUGCCUGCUAAAUAUUUCACUCAUCCUGAUAAGAACUUCAACAACAGUAAAAGUUACCUGCCUUCAGAAAUGAAAGUGUUUUUCACACCUGGAAAGCCGAAGGCAACAAAUGUUCUUGGUGCAGUUAAUAAGCCUCUGUCAUCAGCUGGAAAACAGGCACAGACCAAGACAUCACGGAUGGAAACUAUGAGUAAUGCCAGCAGCAAUUCAAAUCCUAGUUCUCCCGGAAGAAGUAAAGUAAGGCUGGAUAGCACUGAAAUCGAUCACGGUGAAAAUGAAGACAUAAAAGUAAUGAAGAGUCCACCUCUUCAAGCAAAGAAAAUGGAAAAGAGGGAAGACUCAGACCAUCUGAGGUCAGAAAUCGAAAAACCCAGAGGACGAAAGAAAGGAUCAUCUGCCAUUUCAUUAGAUCAAGAGGAUCGAUCAAGUGUAGAACUUCUGGAUCAGGUGAAACCCGUGAAAACAAGUCAACGUGGCCGGAAAAGAGCCGCACACACCUCUGAAUCAGAUGAACAGCAGUGGCCAGAGGAGAAGCGAUCAAAGGAAGACCUCUUGGAGAACGAGGAUGAACAGAAUAGUCCACCAAAGAAAACAAGGAGAGGGCGCCCACCCAAAGCUACUAAUGAGGAACUUUCAAAGGGUGAGACCCAAGGAAAAGGAGGCAAAAGGGGGAAAAAGAGGCCAGUAUCAGCAGAUGAAGAAGAUGGUGAUGGGGACAAUGAAAACAAGGAACAAAAGCAAAAAAAAACCAGGCAGCCGAGAGCAACCAAAAAAUCUCAGCAAAGAAUUGAAACGCCAGAGUCGGACGUGAAUGAUACAUUAUCUCCGGAAUCAACACCGCAGAAGAGACGUGGAAGGCCACCGAAAACACCACCUACACCUCAAACGCAACCAAAGAAAAAUUUUCGUGGAGCAAGAUCAAGGCAAGCUGCCAGUAGAGAGAAUGAUUCUUCAGAUAUGGAUUUGCGUCAUGAUAGUUCAUUGGAGAACAUGGAUAUUACCCCGGAAGUCUCAAUGGAUGGAGUGAAUGCAGAAGAGGAUAAUCAAUUAAGUACACUGAGGGUGCGACGCAAGCCCAACAAAAGGGAAAGAAGAUGAAGAGUAAUUAUUUCCUGUUUGCAUUGGAGCUUAAGAAUUUGCUGUAAAGUUCAAGGCAGGACACUGUUUAACUGAUAAUUGGUUGUUAAAGAAGGCACCUUGUAUCUAUUUCACUUGCAUUUGCGGUCCUAAGGUCACAAGCUUUUGGCAAACACAUCAAUUCAUUAAUUGUGGUUGUCCUGCAUUGUGAUGUGUGCUGACUACAAUGUACUGACUUUACAGAAAGAUUGAAAUAAAUGAUAUUGUAAAUAUUUUUUUUAAUGUUUUGAUUGAAAAUGUGCUUGUAUAGCUUUUAAAUUACAGCUUUAAAUCACCAACACAACUGUGUAUUAAAUGUGUGGGUGAAGAAAGUUGGUUACAAUGAACGCUGACAACUGAAGCAAUACUUCUUAAUAAUUGUACCUUCCAUGGCAUCUUAUUUUGAGAAGGGACUGGUUCUUGGAAAGAACAAAUAUAUUGCAAUUUCCUGCAACACAUACUUCUGUGGUUAGAUUUGUUGGAAAGUCACUUUUUCUAACUCUCUUGUGUAUGAUUAUAUCUACUUGUUUCCGUGGUCAUCUCCGCUGCUUCUGCUUUCCACCACUGAAGAUGUUGGACAGAAAGUCCUCAGUUGUAUAAAAUGUGAAGUCAACCGAAAAUGCUUGUGGCAUUUUACUUGUCAGUAUUGAUGCCAGAACUGUGUAGAAAUUUAGAUAAAAUUGGAAAAAUAAAAGGGUUUUAGUUACAAUAUUUUAAUACUGAUGGUGUAUUAGUCAUUGAAAUUGUACACCUUUAGUUACCUUCCUUGUCAAAUUUGUAUCCAUCUACUGUACCAAUAAAAUUCUGUAACUUGAAUUUGCCUUGUUAUAGUGGGGAAAAAAAACCCACGGGUAUUUUGAAGGAUAAUCCACCCUAAGUUAUGGUUCCCAAGAGUUAGAUCAUGUUAAAAGUUGUUCAUUGUGGUAUGUGAUUAAUGAGACAAGGAGCCUUUCUGCAUUGUAACAGCUGCUCUGCUCUGCUUGAAAUGCACUUGAUAUAUCGUUAAAAAAAAUGCCUGCAAUAAUAUUCUCCUUGUUGAUUUUUAUUUCUGUAUUGUCAAUCUGUACCAAAAUUUGGGUUUAAUCAGAUUAAAAUUAUUUUGUUUUACAAAGGUAGCUAUUUGAGUUACUGGAGAAAAAUUCAGCUGUAGUGAAAUUCUACCUGUGUCUUGAACUGCACAAAGUUGUCGUAAGCUGCUGCAGGAAAUACGCUUCAGGAUUUGAUCUACCAAAGUACAUUUCAAUCAUUUAAACAGGUUUUGGUAAUCAAUAUGUCCUUAUAAAUGUGAUUAUAAAACAAAUAUCCCAUUGUAUAGCACUUUUCAAUGUCCGCAUUUCUCGGCUAUAAAAGCUGCCUGCAGAGCAUGUAAAAUUGUCGAGAAUGUUCAGAUUUUUGUUCUUUCAAGUGUCUUGAAAUAGCUCUGUAAACUAUAGUUAUAAUUUUUCUGUGCUGGCUGUUCACAUGUAAUUUUGAGCAUGUUGCUGCAUGGUUGAUACAGUUCUGCAUAGUAGGCUGUUCUAGAAAAUACAAUUGCAUAGGAUCCAGAGAAAGCUUGUCGACUAGAUGCAGAAUUGGCUUAAUGGAAGGAAGCAAAGGGUUAUAUUACAAGCUGAGGGCCUCUGACUAGUAUGGUUCGGGGAUCGGUGCGAAGCCCAUGGCUGUUUGUGGUUUACAUCAACAAUUUGAAUGAGAAUGUAGAAGGCAUGCAAAAAUGUUGGAGAACCUCAGCUGGUGAGGCAGCAUCUAUGGAGCAAAGGAAAUAGGCAACGUUUCGGGUCGAGACCCGUCUUCAGACUUCUUCAGGCAUGAUCAGUAAAUUUGCAGAUUAUAUUAAAGUGGGUGGUGCCAUAGAAAGCGAAGAUGGUUAUCAAAAUUACAGCAAUAUCUUCAUCAGUUGGGUAAGUGAGCUGAGGAAUUGUUAAUGGAGUUUAAUGCAGAUAAGUGCAAAGUGUUGUAUUUUAGGAGGUCAAACCAGGACAGGACCUGCACAGUGAAUGGUAGGGCUCUGAAAAGUGUAGACCAAAAGGGUCUAUGAGUGCAGGUACAUAGUUCCUUGAAGGGUUCAUAGGCAGAAGGGUGAUCAAGAAGGCUUUUGGCACAUUGGCCUUCAUCAGUCAACGUAUUGUGUAUAAAAGUUGGGAUGUUAUGUUACAAUUGUACAAGACGUUGGUGAGCCUACAUUUGGAGUAUUGUGUUCAGGUUUGGUCAUCCUGCUUUCGGAAGGAUGUUGUUAAGCUGGAAAGGUUACAAAGAAGAUUUAUAAGGAAGUUGCCAAGUCUUGAGGGGCUGAUCUAUAGAGAGAGGUUGGGCAGGGUAGGACUUGAUUCCUCGGAGCACAGGAGGCUGAGGGGGUGAUCUUAUAGAGGUGUAUAAAAUCAUGAAUGGAAUAGAUAGGGUGAGUGCACAGAGUCAGUAAUCAGAGGUGGUUGAGGCAGGUACUAUAACAAUAUUUAAAAUACAUUUGGACAGGUACAUGGAUAGACAUUGUUUAGAGGGGUAUGGGCCAAACACAGGUAGGUAGGAGUAUGUAGAUGGGACAUCUUGCUUAGUAUGGCACGAUUAGGCCGAAGGACUUGUUUCCGUGUUGCAUGACUAUGGUUGUAAUGCCAAAAUUUUGUUUAUCUAUCCAGUGCGAUUUAUUUGCAGGCUUCUGGAAAAUAUAAUAACAUUGAUGCUUUUAAAUACCACUAAAGAUAGUAGGGCUAUCCCUUUUAUGGUAAUAUCAAUGAUUCCGCACUAACAUAGUUCAUUACUGAAAGUCUAGGAUCAGCAAGAUUUUUCUACUAAAUAUUAAUGAAGCCAUAGUAAACUCUGAGUGAAUACCCAGCCUUCUAAAGUGGGUGGCCCUGAUGCAAUAUUUGACUGAUAAUUGAUGGGGUUUUCUUUUAAAGGAAUUAAAGCUAAAAAAAUUAACCUGGAGUUAAAUUUUAUGUGUACUGUUGCUUCUGCCAUUUUGUAUUUGUUUCGUCUCUACAGUGCUCCUCUUGCAUAUUUCAUUACUGAAAAUGACUGCACUUCAGAUCUUAUCAGCUGUAAAGGAUUUGGGGGAAUCCAGCACAGCUGAAGAUAUCAAAUAUUUGUUUCUCCUAUGAUAUUGCAAGAGUCCGAGGUUUGCAGUUGUUGGAUUGCUGUAUCUGUGCAUGGAUUUUCUUACUGAAUACCACUGCCUAGCAUUUGGUAUACGUUGUCAUAAUUAUUAAUUUGAUUCGAUUCCUGCUAAGAAUUGCAAUAGGGAGACCGUGUUCAUAAUUCACCUCCUGCAUGUUUCAUUGUAUACAGUUGUCUUCCCAAAUCGGGUCCAGAGCUGAAACGUCAACAUUCCAUGUGCUCCAGCGAUACCACCUGACCCGUUGAGUUACUCUAGCACUUUGUAUUUUAUUUUAAAGAUUUCAACAGCUGUAGUUCCUCGUGUCUACUUGUUAAUUCUUCUGCCUCAUUCUGCCCAACCAGAGGAGGCGUGAUACGCCACAGGAGAGAAAUAUAAAAAUUCCUUUUUUUUGUAUAACUGAAUUAUAAAACAGUGCCAGAAGUUUGCAAAGGCUGGGUUUGUUUUCUUUGCAGCUGACGAGGCCAAGAAUGGAGCCGCAAGAUAUACACAAAAAUAUUAUAGAGGAUCAAUUACCACAGUCCCAAGUCAUCAACUGCAAGACAUCUCCAAGCAGUGUCCUAGCCCAACAUGAAUAUUGUGAGGUUGAGCUGAAGGGAAAAAAAGCACCAUUGACCAGAAACUGAACUGGUACAGCCACAUAGAUAUGGCUUCAAGAACAAUGUUUCCUGGUCUUGACCCGAAUCGUCACCCUUUUGUUUUCUCUCCAGUAACGCUGCCUGACCCACUGAAUUACUCCCAACAAUUUGUGUCUAUCUUUGAUAUAAACUAGCAUAUACAGUUCCUUGUUUGUACAAAACCUUCUGCUUAAUUGGUAUUCUAAUUCCCCAUUGCUGUGCAGUAACUACAGUGCCCUCCAUAAUGUUUGGUACAAAGACCCAUCAUUUAUUUAUUUGCCUCUGUAUUCCACAAUUUGAGAUUUGUAAUAGAAAAAAUCACAUGUGGUUAAAGUGCAAAUUGUCAGAUUUUAAUAAAGAUAAUUUUUACUGGUU